GCGACGACGCCAGGGCGCCGAGCAUGCUCUCCAACUCCCUGCAUGGAGCACGAGCACCUCGGCCAGGACCAUCAUCCCUCUGCUGCGCUCGCGCGGAUCCCCAGAAAAUUUCCCUAAAACUGGAGGGACCCGCCGCGGAAAAGGCCAUCUGCCCACCGUCCCCAGAUCGCCGCGCUCCCCGCGGCCCUGCCGCCGCUUCUUGUGGGCUGUGGAUUGCUGCCGGCGACGGGUACAACUGACGGGCGAAGCGAGCGAGCCGGCCUCCGCCCCUUGCCGCCGCGGCGAAAUGUGUAGGGCACGAGGUUGCCUUCGACUGCCAUGGCGCCUCUGCCCCCCUCUUCGUUCAGCUGCGACUCCUCAUCAGAUACCAUUUUGCUCGUGACAGUUCAAGCAGUUCACCUAGGAAUGCAGAAUCAUGAUGUUGUAUUGCAAGAAGCUGCCAUCUAAAAUCAACAAGACCACUCCCUUUUCAGCUGAAUCAAUUUUGUUGAGCUUUGAUGAGGGUGUGGGGCUCGUGUCAUAUUUGACCGUGGCUUGGUGACGGUGGUUAGUCUUUCUCUCAGUGUCACCAGCAAAUUUUAGAGGCUGUAAGGUUUGUUCACGUGCUUACAUAAUGAAAGAGAGGAGUGUUCUAAUGGAACGAUAUGAAAUUGGGAGAUUGUUAGGACAAGGGACCUUUGUGAAGGUCAAUCUUGCUACGGGUCAGACCGUUGCCAUAAAAAUGAUCCAUAAGGACAAGAUUAUGAAGACUGGUCUCAUGGAUCAGAUAAAGAGGGAGAUCUCGAUAAUGAGAUUGGUUAGACAUCCAAACAUUCUGCAGCUCUUUGAGGUAAUGGCUACAAAGAACAGGAUUUAUUUUGUUCUUGAGUAUGCUAAAGGCGGUGAGCUUUUCAAAAAAAUAGAAAAGGGAAAGCUUACCGAGGAGGCUGCAAGGAAGUAUUUUCAACAGUUGAUUAGUGCUGUGGAUCAUUGUGACUUGAAGCCUGAGAACCUGCUACUGGAUGAGAAUGAAACCCUCAAGGUCUGUGAUUUUGGUUUAAGUGCCUUAGCUGAGUCAAAGAGACAAGAUGGAAUGCUCCACACAGCAUGCGGUACUCCGGCUUAUGUUGCUCCUGAAGUGCUCAGCAGGAAAGGCUACAGUGGCGCAAAGGCAGAUGUCUGGUCUUGUGGUGUGAUUCUGUUUGUGCUUGUGGCUAGUUAUCUCCCUUUCCAUGAUAGAAAUCUCAUAGAGAUGUAUAAGAAAAUUUCAAAAGCUGAGUACAGAUGCCCUCAUUAUUUUUCUGCGGCACUGAAGGAGCUCCUUUAUGGAAUCCUUGAUCCAGAUCCUAAUACUAGAAUGCCCAUCUCAAUGAUAAAGAGAAGUGCUUGGUACCGGAAGCCCGUUGGGUUGGCAGUGCUGAAAACUGAAAUAGUCAACAAGAUUUGUACAGAAGCUACCACCUCUGGCUUGACUGAUGGCGUUCUGAGAGAAAUCAAGGCAUUGAGGCUGACGAACUUGAAUGCAUUCAACAUCAUUUCCCUCUCCACAGGAUUUGAUCUUUCCUGUAUGUUUGAUGAAAAAUACAGCCAAAGGGAAGCACGGUUUACUUCCGAGCAGUCAGCAGGAGCUGUCUUUGGGAAGCUGAAGGAACUGGCCAGGCGUUUGAAGCUCAAAGUUACAAAGAAAGAUGGAGUGUUGAAAUUGGCCACAACCAAGGAAGGAAGAAACGGUAUUCUUGAGCUGGAUGCGGAGAUAUUUGAGAUUGCUCCUUCUUUUGUAUUGGUUGGGUUGAAGAAGACUAAUGGUGACACAUUGGAGUACCAGAAGCUGAUGAAAGAUGGCAUUAGGCCAUCACUCAAGGAUAUUGUGUGGACAUGGCAAGGUGAUCAGCAGCAGUCAUGUAUUCUUAGACAUGCAGGGCAGCAGCAGCUGCAACUGCCCACCACUGCCGCCAUUUCCACUACACCAGUAAUACAUCAGUAGUACAGAGUUGCAAUUGCAAAUGCCUUUCUCACCAUCGCCAUCAUGAUCCUAAGAAAAGGCGAUCCGCCAAGUUUGCUACUGCAUCUUGACAUAUUAAUAUGUUUUUCUAGAUUGGUAUUUAACUGUAAAAACUUGCAUAGAUUUGCACUGUUAGUGGAAAUGCAGGCCCUACGGUUACCCUUUUUUUGUUUAACAUUGUAAAUCCUGCAUGUACAGAAGUGUUGUCUUUUCAAAUAUGAAUACUGUGAGAAAAAAUGGUUAAACAGGGUAAUAAUAUGGUUGAUGCUUUUCAUUUUUGUAA